AUGGCUGGAGACCCAGAAACGGAAAACUUCAAAUAUCAAUCUUCCUUCAACCUUCUUACUGAGACUCAAGUUCAUCAAAUCUGUGGUUCACACAGCAUCAUGUCCUCCUCUGCUCCUGAGUUUUCGGAUAAUAGUGAAAGUGAGAUGCAGCAAAGUCAAAUGGAUGCUCAAAUUCAGUGUUCUUCAUCUCCUGCAACAACAACAACAACUGGAACAUCUCAUCCUUCAAACAUCCAAUACCCAACUUUGGGGCAAGCAGCUUAUCCUUUCCCGGAUCCUUACUAUAGGGGUACAAAUAUCUUUAAUCCGUAUGAAACUCAAUCGUAUCCAGCUCAGCCAUAUCCAGGGCAACCUAUGGUGCAUCUUCAAUUUAUGGGAAUUCAACAAGCUGGUGUUCCUCUGCCAUCAGAUACGGUUGAGGAGCCUGUUUUUGUGAAUGCUAAACAAUAUCAUGGAAUCAUGAGGCGUAGGCAAUGUCGUGCAAAAGCUGAAUCUGAAAACAAAGCUAACAAGUCUAGAAAGCCAUACUUGCACGAAUCGCGACAUUUGCAUGCACUAAGAAGAAGCCGAGGGUGUGGGGGUCGAUUUGAGAAGAAAGAUAAGCAACAAAAUGAGAAAGACAAGUCGAGGUUUGUGGUGGUAGCUUUCGUGUUGUCUAUAUCAUAA